CAGCCGCAGGUGGGGCCGGGCCGGUCCGGGCCGGGCGGCGGAGUUGGGGUCCAUCAGCGGCGGCUGCGGGGCGACCAUGGCCCGCGGGGACUCAGAGCAGGUGCGCUACUGCGCGCGCUUCUCCUACCUGUACCUCAAGUUCUCGCUCAUCGUCUAUUCUUCCUUCUUCUGGUUUAUAGGGGCCUUAAUCCUCUCCGUGGGGAUCUACGCGGAAGUUGAGCGCCAGAAAUACAAAACGCUUGAAAGUGCCUUCCUCGCACCCGCUAUCAUCCUCAUCCUCCUGGGGGUUAUCAUGUUCAUCGUCUCCUUUGUGGGGGUCUUGGCUUCUCUCCGGGAUAACUUCUGUCUCCUGCAAGCGUUCAUGUACACCCUGGGGGUCUGCCUUAUCAUCGAGCUCAUCGGGGGCGUGGUGGCCCUAACCUUCCGGAACCAGACGAUCGAUUUUCUGAACGACAACAUCCGAAGAGGGAUUCAGAAUUACUACGAUGAUCUGGACUUCAAGAACAUCAUGGACUAUGUCCAGGAGCAGUUUAAGUGCUGUGGCGGCGAAGACUACAAAGACUGGGCCACAAACCAGUACCAUGACUGCAACGCGCCCGGACCCUUAGCUUGUGGGGUGCCGUAUUCCUGCUGCUUCAGGAACAAGUCUGAUGUCAUCAACACCAUGUGUGGCUACAAAACCAUCGACCAGGAGCGCCUGAGCAUCCUGGACGUCAUCUACAUCCGAGGCUGCACCAACGCCGUGAUCAUCUGGUUCAUGGACAACUACACCAUCAUGGCUGCUGUCCUGCUGGGCAUCUUGCUGCCCCAGUUCCUGGGCGUGCUGCUCACGAUUCUUUACAUCACAAGAGUGGAAGACAUCAUCUCUGAACACUCGGCCACCGAUGGCCUCCUCGGGGGCCUGGAGAAGUCAGGCCUGGAGUUUUCGGGAGCCGGCUGCUGCAUGUGUUACCCUGGGGAGCAUCCUCAGGGCCUGUGACAGACUCUUCCCUUCCACAGAGGAUCCCGGAGGUCCUUGGCCUCUGCCCCUGCUGCUACUUCCCUUGGACCAUCUGGAUCCUACCCAGACUGGGAGUGUGGGAGUGCCGGAGUCUAGGGGCAGCCCACAGGCCCAUCCUCCUUUUCCCAGGCUUCUGUGGGCCUUGAAGGACAUUGAGAAGCCCUUUUCCUAACUCAGCCCUCCCCCUCCCCAGGAAGGAGGAGACCGAGUUGGAGGCUGUAUGUCCAGAGCCUCUGGGGACCGAACCCCUUUAGGGACAGCUGCUAAGCCCUAGGGACAUAUGGGUGGGGGCAGUGUCUCAGAGCCCUGGGCCUCCCAUCCCCCAGCUGUGGCCCUGGGGUGGGGCCGGCUAGCACUUCCCGCUUUUCUCUCUCUCACCCUACAGUCCAUCUGGGUAUUGAUUCAACUGCUGUUCUGCACCCACUCGAUGAGGCCUCAUGCCCUUUCUUCAUCUCAGCUGGGAAGCUCAGGGGCCAAAAAAAAAAAAAAAAAAAGGAAGAAGGAAGGAAGGGAGGGAGGGA